AGUGAGCUGGAGCUGGAGCGAUGGCCCGGGGCUGGAACCCGCGGCAGCCUCCGCCGCCACCUGCGCGUCGGGAGCAGCCGCGGCCGCAGCCGGAGCGGGGGCCGGAGUCGCGGACGGAGCGAAGAAGGCGCUUGUGAGUUGCCAAGAGUCGCCGGUGCCGGAACACCUCACACUCUGGGCGGGAGCUCUUCAGGUGGGCAGAGCCGCCGUCGCCCUUCCGCACCGUGCCCCCGGGCCCAGACAGCGGGGCUGGGGUCUCCCCGGGCGCUGGACUGGCUCCUCUCAGGCCGAGCCCUCCGAACCGGCCUCUGGGUUUUCUUCGGUCUUGGACUUCCUUCAAACUAAGGCCAGAGGCCGGAGGACAGUGAGCACCGCCGACCCGGACAUUUGCUUGUUUCCCCGACUGUCCGGACUGUAGCAACUGGGAGCCCCUCCUUGCUACCACCUCUCCAGCUAAGGAGGGACUAGCGCGUUCCCACUGUCUGGUUGUGCGCCUCCCCCUUCCCUCCCAUUCAAGAACAAGUUUCUCUUUCUCCAUUGGAAAUCCUGCCCGGAAGCCCAAAGCACCCGUCUGGGUGCCCUUCCCCAGCUCUUGGAGCACCCUUUGAAACAUUAUCUACUUGUCAGGGCUGAGAGUCGCUCGUUCUUGACUUGGGUUUUUUAUCCUCUUGACACCCUCUUAACUGACACUUCACGCCCAGGACCUUUUGGAUCACCAGCUCCCUGGCCAUAUCUAUGUGACUUCCCCCACCCAUCAGUUCCAGUUUCCUCUGGGCUCCAAUCUCCAGCUCCCGGCGGAUCUGGUCAGUCCCACCCUUGGGUGGGAGUGACCAGGGGGCUCUGGCCCAGGAUCCCCCACCCUGGAAGGCAGCUCCAAGGUAGCAAGAGAGCUGGGCCUCGGGUACGAACCUGGCAGCUCAGGAGUGGGUGCUCCACUCACCCCACACAAGAAGAUGAAAAAGCGCAAAGAGCUCAAUGCGUUGAUUGGCUUGUCUGGGGAUAGCCGGAGAAAGAAGCCCAAGAAAGGCUCAGGCCACCGCCUGCUUCGCACUGAGCCUCCUGCUUCAGACUCUGAGUCCAGCUCCGAGGAGGAAGAGGAAUUCGGUGUAGUUGGAAAUCGCUCUCGCUUUGUCAAGGGAGACUAUUUACGAUGCUGCAAGAUCUGUUAUCCCCUCUGUGCUUUUGUCAUCCUUGCCGCCUGUGUCGUGGCCUGCGUGGGCUUGGUGUGGAUGCAAGUUGCUCUGAAGGAGGAUCUGGAUACCCUCAAGGAAAAAUUUAGAACAAUGGAAUCUAAUCAGAAAAGUUCAUUCCAAGAAAUUCCCAAACUUAAUGAAGACCUACUCAGCAAACAAAGAGAACUUGAGAAGAUUGAAUCUGGAGAGCUGGGCUUGAACAAGGUCUGGAUAAACAUCACAGAAAUGAAUAAGCAGAUUUCUCUGUUGAAUUCUGCAGUAAACCACCUCAAAGCCAACGUUAAAUCAGCAGCAGAUUUAAUUAGUCUGCCUGCUACUGUAGAGGGACUUCAGAAGAGCGUAGCUUCCAUUGGCAAUACUUUAAACAGUGUCCAUCUUGCUGUGGAGGCAAUACAGAAAACUGUGGACGAACACAAGAAAGCCAUGGAGUUACUACAGAGUGACCUGAAUCAGUACUCUGUGAAGGAGACCAGUAGAAGUGACCAGAUUAUUCCAUCACCUUCAGCUCCAUCAGAACUUGACAAUAAACCCCACAGCGAGAAUGUGAAACAGAUAGGUGAUAGAGCUGCCACUCUGAAAAGAGAGUCUUUGCAUCAGGUGACCAGCAGAAUAGAUACAUUAAAAACCCAAAGCCUAAAGAAAGAAGAUAGUUCAGAUUCUCAGGUAUCCAAGGUAAGGGAGAAACUACAGCUGAUCAGUGCUCUCUCCAACAAGCCUGAGAGCAACAGGCCUCCAGAGACCACCCAUGAAGAGCAAGUACAGAGUUUCACAUCAAAGCCAUCAGCAUUUCCAGAAUUUCCACAAUCUCCUGGAGAUGACAUUGAGAAAACAGCCCAGCUAAGAUCUGUCUCCCUACCAGGAAUUGCUAGCAUCAAAGAUCUUCAGGAUUUAUUCCACAAGACUGGCCAGAACAUGGAUGGGGAGCUGACCUACCAGGAAAUUUGGAACUCCUUAGGCUCUACUAUGCCAGCCCCAGAGAGUUUGGGAGAGUUUGAUGCUGAUGGAGAUGGAAGAUACUCAUUCCUGGAGCUAAGAGCAGCUGUAGGUGUCUAGCCUCAUUGGGCAUAUUUAGAAACGGAUAUAUACCCUGGGCUACCUAAUAUCUGCUCGCAUAACAAAAACACCCCUUCUGUUUAUCUAUCAGUCCUCCAAUCCUCCAAACUAUUGUAGCAGACACAUUGCAACCUUUUAACUUGUUUGAAAAAGCUAUAUAAAAGUUAUUUUUUUAAGAAAGACCAUUUUACUUAUGAUAUUCAGAAAUCUAUGAUUUCCUGAAACCAGUAAGAUCUUAAUUCUAAAAUUGCCAGAAUAAAAGUCAAGCCCUUUUUCUUUCUCUUUCCUUUUUUGAGGGAAGGAGACCUUAUCUUUUAGAAGUAGAAAAUGUAUAUAUAGUGAGAAUAAGCCACCUUUUAUAUUUCACAUAAAUUUGCCUUAAAUUAGCUGCACUUUAUUCAGACUCAGAAAAAUGUCUUUCCUUUAAAAGAUAGGGUUUUUCUGUUUAUAAAUAUUUAAAAUGAAAGAAGAGUUCUGCAUAUUUUGUGGGAAGUUAGGAGGAAUGGUUUGAAAUAGGACAUGAACAAAUGGCUUGUCAAAAAUCGCUAAUUUGAUCUGGUAGCGACUAAAACUAGGCCCAUGUCUCCUUCAGGCAUCUCCUUUAGGUGCUACCAUGGGGUUUGGUCUGGUGGCCAGAGGAAUAUAUUUAGGGAGUAGCCUCCAGGUGCAGGAAAGUAAGAUCUAUCUCUUUGUUUCUGUCCCCUUAGCUAAUUCCAACCUGUGAACCAGAGAAGUAUUCUUGGCAUUUUUAUUAUUUUUUAUCCUAUUUCAGGGUUUAUGAACAUAAAAAGUUAUCCAGUGAGGAGCUAUAUUUCCCUCCCUGAGUGAGCAGGAUUAUCACACACGCACUCUAGUCUAUCUUUAAGCUGUGGCUGACUUCCACCUCUGAUACUAUCUCCAUUCUGAAUGGCAGGGCUGAAGUCCCUGGCCACUGGCUCAGCCUGGCUGCCCAGGAGCUUUAGAGGAGAGCUGUGCCUCUAAUUCUGACCCAGGAAACUCUGAGAUUUUACAUGGGGGCUAACCAAGAACUUAAUAUGUUCCUCUGGGGGAUAAGGCCAUACAAGUUGUGAACAUACUAAGUUUCUUCAUGGUUAUCAGGUCAGAAGUAGCUGGAAGCUUUAUGUCCAGAGGAUGCCAAACAUAGCAGACAGGCCUGGAACAUUGAGCUUUACAUGAUGGUAGCAAGUGUUUUCGGAUCUAAUGCAAGCAAGUGCAAUACUUUUCCCUUUAAAUACUUCUAUACCCUGGUACUACAGGACCCUGAACUGAAAGGAAUUAUACCUCCAUGCUAUCUGUGCUGUGUUGUUCUUAGAAGGAGUCUCUGAACAACACAAAAGGAAAAAACUUUGCAAAACUUAACUGUGCUGUAGGCCAUGUCAGGGAGAAACUAGAGAAGCUUUUGUGGACCAACUUCUUUAGUGGAGUUCAUUUCCAUUUUAAUUUUGUCCAAGUUGCCCAGUUAGCCAUGGAUGCAGCCAAACAUCCUUAACUAUUUAAGGGCUGGUUUUGUUUUGCUUUUUCUUUAUAUGAUAUUCAGCUUGGUGUAGGCUAACCUUGAUUUUUUUUUCUAGAAAUAUUAAAAUUUAGUUAAAGCAAGAUGAAGUCUUUUCCCAUGAAUGUGUCUGCUUACCUCAUACGGCUUAUGCUUCUCUUUCUUUAAAAAAAAAAAAAUAUUCUGCUUACCUUAUGCUUCUCUUUCUUUAAAAAAAAAUAUUUUCCCUUGCCCAUCCGAGCUAUUUCACUUUCUUGGAAAGGUUAAAAUAUAAUAUAAAAUGAGCACUUUGGGUAACUUGAAGAGUACUCUUCUGGCCGCCUUCCAUGCCCACCCCCCUUUUUUAAUAUAUAUACCCUGACGGAUUUUGUAACAACCAAAUAACACUCUAGCAAUAAAUUGAAUUAUUCUGCUAUAUUUGUAUAUACUGUACCAUAAAUAGUAUGUCUACCUGGAAGGUAUUUUUUUGAGAACUGAUUUAUAUGAAAUAUACUUGGGGGUAAUGUAGCUUGUCCUUUUUAGUUUCAAAUUCUUAUUCAUAGGCAUAUACUUUGAGGACACCUUAACUCUUUGUUGUAUGUACUUUUCUUUUGCAUCAGAGAGCUAUCAUGGAGGAGUCAUUUUUUAGUUUAGUUUAUCAUCCGUUCUCACCUCAAGUGUGUCUGGCUAGCAUCAUCCCUGAGCCAGGUAUAUAGUACCAUCCUCUCCCUCUACCCAAUUUGGCAGAGGUGUUCCUGCUACCCUCUCAGACUUGAGACUACCCUUGUCACACAGCCUGGGGAAGUGCCCUAUCUCCCAGGCAGAACUAGGGCACCUUGAACUCCUUUGUUCUAAGUUGAGCAGAUUCAUUGGCCUAAGAAGAGCCUCAGAAACCUAUUGUUCAGUGUUUAUUUGGCAUUUUUAUUUGUAAAUUGUCUUAAACUAUAAUCAAGCCUCACCUGCCAUCUCUCAGCUCUGAAAGGAAGGUCAACAGUAGUGGUGAGUUGGGUUUUGGUUCUGGUUUCAGUUACUUGGACCUUUCCACUCUGGCAGCUCCUAAUGCUGCCUUUCCCAAGUUACCCAGAGCACUGCUUCUUGGUCCGUUUUUUGUCUUGUGCUAUCUGAUAUAAUCUUUACUUAAAGGGCAAAAGUGUUUUGUAGGAAGAAAAGAACCAAAAGAAGAGAGAAUCAGCUUAGAGAUGACUGUGAUGUUGUCUUAAGGGCAGAGAGGGGCCUGGCACUUAGGAAUGUGCCUCAAACAGCAAAGCUGAAAAACAGACACUAUUCACCUACUGGCUACUGUCCCUCCCAUUGGCGUUUCCUCACUUUAUGUUGCUGGACAGAACACUGUCGGCGCCCCCGCUGGUCUUGCCGGUCACAGUUGAAGAUUCUGGCUGUGAUGGGCUCAUACUCAUAAUGGCCUGCUGUUGAGUUGUUUUUAGUGACAGCUUUCGUUUGCUACACACCUCAUUGGCUUGCUUACCAACACCAGCUAGAUGCAGUCCCUGCUUUCGUAUCCAAACCAGAACACAUUUGGGUAUUCCUGAGACUUUAUAGAGCGUGUAUUGUUUGUUAUAUGAACCUAACCUACCUUGUUGUUUUUUCACAUUAAGAAAUGUCAAUCUACUUUGCUUUAGUGGAGCUAUUUUUGUAAUGUAUAAGCAGUUUUGGUUCUGUUUGGGGAGUGAAUUCAAGGUUUCCAUGGCUUGAUUUGAACUUGGCUUAUUUCAUAUCAGUAAUACAACCAUUUUAAUUUAUCUAAAUAAAACAUUUCCUUUUUCUCCCA